ACCAUGUCCAAGCCCGUCGCCAUCGUAACAGGCGGCGCCUCCGGCAUCGGCGAAGCCACCGCCACGCAUCUGUACAAACGCGGCUUCAAAGUCGUCAUCGCGGACAUGAACGCGUCCGCAGGCGAGCGCGUAGCACUUACCCUGGGCCCGGAUGCUCUCUUCCAUCUCACAGACGUGUCAUCCUAUGCCUCGCAAGCACGGCUCUUCAAGCGCGCGUACGAAUGGGGCGGCAACCGGCUUGAUUUCUGCCACGCGAAUGCCGGCAUUGACGAUCGCCAGAAUAUCUUCGAGCCCAUGGAGAAAGAAGAGCUGGAUGAUGAGGGAUUGCUGCGCAAACUCAAUACAAAGACAUUGGAGGUCAAUCUUGAGGCUGUGAUUCAAGGCCUCUGGCUCUUCAAGUAUUAUGUCCGGCGCAGCAAGCAGGCGGGCGGUGGGAGGGGCUGGUUUUUGGCUACGAGUAGUGCGGCGGGGUUGUACGCCAUGCCCCAAUGCCCACAGUACACCGCCAGCAAAUACGCCGUCAUCGGCUUCGUACGCGCCAGCGCCCCAAACUUCACAUCCGACGACAUCUCCAUCAACGCAAUCUGCCCCGCCUUCAUCCCCACCAACCUCUGUCCCCCUGCCAUCGCCGCGCGCUGGCCCAAGGAACACAUUACCCCUUUAUCCACCGUCACGAAAGCCAUCGACGCAUUCCUAGAUGAUCCGAAAAUAACGGGCCAGGCGGUCGAGUUGUCGCAGGACAGCUUGUUUUUCAGAGAACAGGUGGAUUUUCCGAAUGAGAGUCAGCGCUGGAUUGGGACGCAGAGUGGUAGGAUUUGGGAUUUGGGCUACCAGGAGCCGCCCAAGAGGGAGGGGUAUGAUGCGAAGUUGUAG